CUCUUAUUCUCUCAUAAUCCGUAUAUUUCGUUAUGAUAUGCGCAAAAAUAUAUUUAUUCCUAAUAUUCAAUAGAUUUCGGCAAUUGUAUGGUCAAUUUCCUUCUUAUAUAUCCGAGGGACAAAAUUAUUUAAAUAACUGCAUUUGUAGUCGCUCCAAUUAGAAAGGAAUUUGAGGUUAGAGUAGUUGAUACAUUCAAAUUGAGAUUGAAUAUUGAGAGUUAGGACUCAGUUGCUAUAGCAGUUUUUUUAUUUACUUUUAUUUAUGGCUUUGAUAUUUUUACAAUAAUUACGUUUUCAAUCGUAUAUCAAUUGGAAAUGCCAAAAGUCAGAAGAAGUAAAAAAGCACCGCCUGAUGGCUGGGAAUUAAUCGAACCAACUCUUGAAGAAUUAGAGCAAAAAAUGAGAGAAGCUGAAACGGAACCCCACGAAGGUAAACGUAAGCAGGAAUCUUUAUGGCCCAUAUUUAAAAUACACCAUCAAAAAAGUCGUUAUAUUUAUGAUCUUUAUUAUCGUCGUAAGGCUAUAAGCAGAGAAUUAUAUGAGUAUUGUUUGAAUGAAAAUAUUGCUGAUAGGAAUCUUAUAGCAAAGUGGAAGAAAGUAGGUUAUGAAAAUUUGUGUUGCUUACGUUGUAUACAAACUAGAGAUACAAAUUUUGGUACUAAUUGUAUUUGUCGAGUACCAAAAGGAAAACUUGAAGAAGGGCGUAUUGUAGAGUGUAUACAUUGCGGAUGUCGUGGCUGUUCUGGCUGAGUAUACAUAAAAUUUAUAAUUAAUCGUAUGAACUGGACAACUGCGUUGCAUGAACGUCAAAAUAGAUCCUUUUAAAAUCAUUAUAAUAAUGGAAGUUAUAAGGAUUUAUUGUAAAAUUUGAGUAUU